GGGGGAGUCCUGCCUCUUUGCCUUCCUCAGAUCAAUGCCCUGGCCACUCACUUUCUGAUGUUGCACGACGGGAAAUGCUUUGAAUACUUGCGACAUGGCUGCGCGCAUUGAUUGCCAAGAUUGACAGCAGCUCUACCCAUCGUCUUCUCUUGUCUGAGUGUGAGCGAGAGGGAGAUAAAGAACAGAACAGGCGAACAACAAAAGGUACUUGUAGUUUCGGACAGCUGAACUUCACAGAGAGUAGACGGGAUCCCCUCAUAUGGCCCCGUGUGAGCAGACUUAAGUUUUCGCUCAACAGAUAGCUCAGUGAUCAUUUUUUUCCUACAAAGUGUGUAGUCUGCUAGUGUUUACGCACGGGAAAGGACGCAUUAAUACCAUCUCCACGGCUCAGAUCAUCAAGGUUUUUACAUGAAUUCAAAAUCAACCGACCAGUGAUCGCUGGAAGCUGGGGAUUGAGUCUUUCAGUUUUUAACCCCACACGCUGACAUGGAGGGCUUUCUUCGUAGCAGCUUUUUACUGAGCAGAGUCAUGUCUUCCAAGCAAGCCACGUCUCCCUUCGCAUCCGUGGUUGAUGGGGAUGACGCCAUGAGUCAGGAGCACUUGUCUUGGGAGAAAGAGGAGAGUGCCGAGGCCCAUGGCACCCCACAGCUGCCCCUCCACAGCCUGCUCCAUGGAAAAGCCCAUCCCGAUGAAAUGCAGCCACUCAGCAGCGUGCCGCCAGAAAGCGACUGGGACAGCCUGGUGUCAGCCCAACAGCGCAUGGAAUCUGACAGCAAUAAAGUAUGUUCCCUGUACUCCUUCCGGAACAAUUCCACUUCCCCACACAAGCCGGAGGAGGGGGCCCGGGAGCGAAGUGACCUGCUGAGCGGAUCAGCGUUUGGAACUCCGGAGCGCCGCAAAGGAAGCCUGGCAGACGUAGUGGACACGCUGAAGCAGAAGAAACUGGAGGAGAUGACAAAGACAGAGCAAGACGAUUCCUCAUGCAUGGAGAAACUUCUUUCUAAAGACUGGAAAGAGAAGAUGGAGAGGCUCAACACCAGUGAACUGUUGGCAGAAGUAAAAGGUACUCCAGAGAGCCUGGCAGAAAAGGAACACCAGCUCUCCACAAUGAUCACCCAGCUGAUCAGCCUGCGAGAGCAGCUUCUGGCUGCCCACGAUGAACAGAAGAAGCUCGCCGCCUCACAGAUGGAGAAACAGAGGCAGCAAAUGGAGUUAGCUCGUCAGCAGCAGGAGCAGAUUGCAAGACAACAGCAGCAGCUUCUGCAGCAGCAGCACAAAAUCAACCUCCUCCAGCAACAGAUCCAGCAGGUCCAGGGUCACAUGCCUCCGCUCAUGAUCCCCAUUUUUCCACACGACCAACGCACUCUGGCAGCAGCAGCCGCCGCCCAGCAAGGAUUUCUCUUCCCUCCGGGAAUGUCUUAUAAGCCAGGUGAUAACUACCCGGUGCAGUUCAUUCCAUCCACAAUGGCAGCUGCAGCAGCGUCAGGACUCAGCCCCCUCCAGCUUCAGCAACUGUAUGCCGCCCAGCUUGCCAGCAUGCAGGUCUCUCCUGGAGCCAAGAUGCCUCCGCUCCCCCAGCCCAUCAAUGCUAGCGGGCCCAUUUCUCCCUCUUCUCUGAAGAAUGACAAGAGUUCCUCCAGCCCCAUCACUCAAGUCAAGGAGGAGGGAACACAGCCGCUCAACCUGUCUGCUCGGCCAAAGACGACAGACCUGGUUAAAUCCCCCACGUCCCCGACACAAAACCUGUUCCUCGGCAGUAAAAGCAGCCCUAACAGUCUCCUCGGCAAGGGUGGGAUCCCCAGCCCACUUGGAGGAGGCCUGGGUCGAGGCUCGUCUCUAGAUAUUCUGUCCAGCCUAAACUCUACCGCGCUGUUCGGGGACCAGGACACAGUGAUGAAGGCCAUCCAGGAGGCUCGGAAAAUGAGGGAGCAGAUCCAGAGGGAACAGCUGCAACAUCACCAGCAGGGCAUGGAGGCAAAGCUGUCCGCCCUCAGUUCAGUGGGCCUCAACAACUGCAGAGCUGACAAGGAGAGGGCACAUUUUGAGAGCAUCGGGCACCACCUCGGCAAGCUGGGUGAGGAAGGGAAGAUCGGCCACAGAGUUAUUGACCUCACCAGGCCAGAGGACCUUGAUGGGUCCAAGGAGCUAAAUGGCUCUGAAUCUGCAGAUAAACCUCAACCCUAUUAUUGUUGGCCAACAGGAGGCGCUGGAUCUACUGAGGCAAGAGUCUUUAGGGAAGCCAGAGGACGGAACAACAACGAGCCCCACAUUAAACGGCCAAUGAAUGCAUUCAUGGUGUGGGCUAAGGACGAGCGGCGCAAGAUCCUCCAAGCUUUCCCCGACAUGCACAAUUCUAACAUAAGCAAGAUUUUGGGUUCUCGGUGGAAGUCCAUGUCUAACCAGGACAAGCAGCCAUACUAUGAAGAGCAGGCCCGUCUGAGUAAGCUCCACCUAGAGAAGUACCCAAACUACAAGUACAAGCCACGGCCUAAGAGGACCUGCAUCAUCGACGGCAAAAAACUCCGCAUUGGAGAGUACAAGCAGAUGAUGCGCUCACGGCGACAAGAAAUGAGGCAGUUCUUCACUGUGGGACAGCCACCACAGAUCCCCAUCACCACCAGCGCCAGUAUGGUCUAUCCCGGGGCCAUUACCAUGGCGACCACCACACCCUCACCUCAGAUGACAUCAGAGUGCUCGAGUGCCUCAGCGAGUCCCGAGCCAUCCAUUCCCGUCAUUCAGAGCACCUACAACAUGAAGCUAGAGCCCAACACCAUGGCGAACAACAGCGAGCCGGUCAACGGCGAGGACGAGAUGGACAUGUACGAGGAUUUCGAGGACGAGCCCAAAUCAGACUAUAGUAGUGAAAAUGACACACAAGAGCCAGUCAGCGCCAACUGAGACCUCUGGAACGGGAGAGGCCAAUAGAGACACAACACUCAUACGGGAGGACGCCCAGAGGGCUGGUCUGAUCUGAGGGAGCGAAAGAGCAAAAGAAAAACAAAACUACACCACAAAGGUUUAAAACUGUACAAAAAAAAUAAAAAUAAAAAAAAAAAUUAAAUAAUAAUAAUAACGAUGUAUCAUUUAGGAGCCAGCAUGCAGAUGUGGCUUCAUCAGAAUCAAAAGCUAUUUGGUCUUAAGUGUUUCUUCAAGUGUGUGAAGCAGUUUGGUUGUGGUAAUUUAGAUUUUUUUUUUUUUUUUUCUAUUUCAUUGUUCAUUUUUUUUCAUUGUGAUCAUGGACAUUUACACAAUUAGGUCAAUGCCUAGAACAAAAGACGGAACUUGAAAUUGAACGUUUGAUAUGAACCUAUAAUUCUUACGGUCAUUUACCUUGUUUUUCCUCUUCAAUUAGAUGAUUUUGAUAUAUUGCAUAACUGUUCAAGAUGGGGAUAAUAUUCUCACUCAGGUAUAGUGUGCCAGCCAACAGCUUGUGAAUGUUUUUAAUCAAUAAUUAAUUAUUACCAGUACAAAAUAUCUCAAAAUUCAUAUGGAGUGAUUCCGACUUAUUACAGAGGGAAAUUACACAUUAUUAUUAUAUUAUUAUUAUUAUUAUUUGUGUUUUGUUGUUAUUGUUAUUUCACAAACUGCAUAAUUGAGUGCAGAAGUGCCAAACAUUUCAAGUUGUUUCUAAAGUCUUUUGGGAGAGGCUUCGUGAGUCUUGGACAAUCUCUUGAUCUCUUAAUACAUUUUCAUUAUCCAGUCUUUCUUUAAUUUACCCUAACAGAAUAAACAAAUGAAACUCAGGAACUUGGAGGCAGCAGGCUCUGCGGGAGGUUACAGUAGGCGAUGUCUUUGGGUGGUAGCUUGAGAUGCUAUAGCUGUUCUCCGGGGAGCCCAAUGCAGUGAUCAUCAAUGAAAGCGGCCAGCCCUUUCAUUUCCUCAUCCCAGUCCACACAGAGCACUGUGGCGUCCUUAACUCAUUUCCAGCUCUGCAACCCAGUCUGAAUCACCAAGUUCUUAAUCAGAGUGAUUGUAAUCAGGCCAGAAUGCUAAAGGGCCAAAGGCCUCCAAUCUGUGGGAUUGGAACAGCAGCGAAAGGCAGCUUUGGGGGCAUUACAAUCUCAAAUUGAUGUUGUACAAUGUGUAGCUACAUUGCGUUCUGCUAAACGCUUUAGCCCCAUUUGGACGGCAAGUUUAAAGUCUUACGUCUUAGAACUUCAUUUUUUUUUUUCGAAUCUUAAUUCUUUUGAGACAUUGUAAAUCUUAAAUUGACACUAAGAAGUCUUAAAGCGGAGCACGGCCAUUGGGUUGAUGCAAUGAGUUGAUUACUGCCGUAGUCUUAAGAGGAGUGACUGUUUGUAUUUAUAAACUGAGGGAAAGGCUAAAAUCUUAUGGUUGUUUCUUAAAUUACCUCAUCAGGGGUAACUUAAAACACUGAUUUUUGCAUUAGUGCACUUAAAUCUUAUUCUGUCACCCUUGAGCCUUAUGUUGUUAUUUUUUAAUAAUCUUAUCAGCGACUGGAACGCACUUAACUCUUGCAUUUAAAACAGGACAGCAUGCAAUGACUCUAAAACAAGGGGCACAAAGUCUCUGUCCUAAUUUCAGCUAAAAAGCUCACAAGUGGUGACCUUCUGGAGACUGCAGCAAGAUAAAGCACGGCCUUGAUGUUGAGACUCAGAUCCUCUUUACAGGGCAGAAGGUCUAAGUGGCUCCCCUCCCUGCCAUGCCCUGCUCUGACCCCUGCCCGUGGCAACCUCAGCACCCAGGGGGCGCCAUCUGGCUCGGAGAAGGAGAAAACACCAGGGAGGGACGGGAAACAAUAAAAAUGGGGUGUGUGUCCCUCAUUGUGCUCUCCAUCAAAGUGCUGGUGGUAAGGCCUCAACAGGGCUCCCACCCUGGCCCAAUCACCAGGCACUGGCGAGCAGAUGGAACAAGUACAUCAAGCUGUGGGGGAUUAUUAAAAUGACUGACGACUGGGUAUCAUCUGAAAUACAGCAUUAUUAAUGCAUGAGUCCAGCUAUUCCCCUCCCUUGCCCUUGAACCUGUCCAUUUCAGAAAGAGCACAGAGCUUUUUGAAGGAUCUGAAUGGCUGGUCACUGGCUUUAACUGGUCACCAUCCCCACUGCUGGUCACUGCAUUUUUCUCCUAGCUCUAACUGCUACAGAUGGCUCUAUAUAUCUCUUAUACAUUAUCUUCUGUGCUCUAAUCGUAUCUGUGCUGGCUUCUGCUUUUCGGAGGCAUUUAUAUUAAGUCUUGUAGGUUUUUUUUUUUAACCACCCCAUUCAUAAUUCCUUUUUUUCCCCCACGUCACAUCUUUUUCUACAUUGUUCUCACGCUGAGGUACAAAACAUUUCAAGGAUGCUCUCUGACAAACAAACAACCCCCCCCCCCCCCCCAAGUGGAUUUCCCUCCAAGUCAACCUGUUUGGUAUUUUUAAGCUGUUUGCUCCUGUUUGCUGGUGGUUAGAUUGAUUUGUAUGUGAUUGUAAAUAUUUUCAUGACCACGCCACACUGCUUUAGUUGGCUGGUAGUUAAAAAGGACUCUUCACGGAACUGAAACUUGACUGUGCUUAUAUAGCAAAGAGAGAAAAAAAGACAAAAAAACACACAAAAAAAAUGAGAGAAAAAAAUGACAAGAACUCACGAGGAGAUGAUGUUUCAUAAGUGUUAUAAGCACUGGAUAUAAAUUGUAUUUUUAUCAAUUCUGAUUAAUGUGAAGCUGUUUGAGGAAAAAAAAAAAACACCAUGAAUGAACAAAAUUCCCCAGUUGGACUCAAGUGGGUUUGCUCUCACAGUUGCCAGAUUUGAGUCAAUUUUCUUUUUUUUUUUUUUUUUUUUGUCUACUUAUUUUGUUUAUUUAUGCAAAGACUCAUGUGAUGAAUGAACACUUUGUUUAAGCUUCAGGGCUGCCUAGGGGAGAGAGACUCAGCACAAGAAAGUGAGCAGAAAAUUCAACAGCAGGCUCGGUUAGCCGUCAAACACCAGACUUCAGACUUCAGUGCAUUGUACAUUGUAUUUGAAACUGUAGAGUAUCAACAUAUUGUAUUUAUUAUCAGCCAUUGCUGGCUCUAAAACUGUCAGUAAAAACAACAACAUGGACAAUCAGAGAUAGAGACAAAAAAAAAAAAAAAAAAAUCGGAUGAAUUGGAGCUAAAAAAAAAAAAAAAAAAAAGGUUUUCAGUGAAUUCACCAUCUCAUUUAGAUUUUAUUGUAAAUAUAACAUAGGAAAUAUAUUUUUGUUCAUUAGUGAAGUAUAAGUUAUGUAUUUGGCUGUUCUAUUUUAUUUUUUAUGUUUUAUUUUUGUACGUGGUUUCAUGUUUUUAAAACCUGACAAGUCACUGUACCUCAUGUAGAUGCUGAAUUUUUUUUUUCCUGCUUAUUGGAAGAGAGCAGUAUUGGACCUGAGACAGAGAGAAGCACCUCACUGCGCUUACGGAUUAUUCAAAGAACCAAUCAGAAUAAAAGCUGGUUACAUUUGUUAACACAGAGGAGCCAUUACAAGUAAGGUACUCGUUUAAACAACAAGCACUUGACGUAAAAGACUUAUUAAAUAAUUAGUCUCCAAUCAUGAUACAAUCUAAAUGACAUGCUGUAUAUGCUCACUUGUGUUUUGUGUUUAUUGCAGCACUCAUGGUAAAUUUAACAUGAGGAGCUGAUAUCCUUAAAAAAAAAUCUGCAUGCAUUUGGCUUGCAUUCACAUUACCACAAUAAAAAAGGCGUUUUUUUCAUGAUUGUUUCAAACACAAGUGACACAAGUUUUUUUGUUGUUUUUAAAAGGUGGGAGCGUGCAAAUAUUUAUUUGUUUCAAUGCGCAGACACUGUGCAUUCUUCUUAGUUAAUUCUCUCCUCGUCAUCUUUUUGUAUGUUGCUGAUUUUUUUUUUUUUAAAUGAACAUGUUCACGACUAUCCAGCCAUCUGCAAAUGUAGCCCUCACAAUUGUUUUCUCUUAAUCCACUUGCAAAUGGUUUGAACGAACAACUGAAGACAAAAGCUCGAAUGCUGUUUCAACAUUACUUACUGUAAUUUGAUUUUUUUAUUUUUUUUUUCCUGUCUGAACUUCGUGAUGUAUAUGGUGGGAAUGUUCUCUGUGUUAAUUUAAUCAGCACAAUUCACUGACAUGCUGGACUGACAUGCUAGCUGCUGUUCAGAAGUGUAAAAUUUGUUGUUCAGGGCAACAUUUAUAGUUGUCUUUGGUACUUGCUUUUUAGAGUUGUCUCUCAAGCAACACUGUGUGUGGCUCUUCUAUCACUGGAGCCGUCGUUUUGAAAUUGCUGGCAGCCUGAUACAAUUUUCUGCGUAGAAAUCUUUUUUGUUUUUUCCUUCCUGGCAGGUACCUAGGCCCACGGCAAGUAUUGUUUGGGUGUUAUUAGAGAAAAUGAAAUACAUAGUGUCUGUUGCUGCUUUUAAAAAAAAGUUUAUGUCUGAAUAUGUAAAUAGUUUAUCAUAAUAUCUUGUACAGUCCAAUGUAAAGUUUUUAAUUCAACUUAAAAAAAAAUGUUGCCAUCACAUUUGUGUUCACAUUCUUCUUUAUACAGUACAAAAGAUCCAUUAUUUGCUAGGGGUAUUAUUGCUAAAAAGAAAAAAAAUGAAAAUGUUAUUAAUUUUUUUUUUUUUUUUUUAAUGUUUGUUUUGUUUUGCUUGGCUUCAAAGUGUACACCAGCAAGUCUUUGGUUUCCAUGUGCAGUAUUGACGUGAGGUAAACUUAAGGUGAAUAAUUUUACAGUGGUGUGUGUGGAGAGCAGUCUCCUCGGCUUUGGUAGUAUUAAUACACUAUAUCAAGUAAAAACAAAACCAAUGAGUGACACAUUCGGGUGCGUCUAGGCACCGCAGAGAUGUGUUUACUGUAUAUGAUUAAAUUAUCCCCACAGGAUCAAUUCAGGCAUAUUAUAAUGUAACACCAUUUUCUGUAUGUCUCAGUCCAUUGUAACAAUGCAACAGUGGGAUGAAUAACUGCCUGUUUAAGCUCAUUUACCUCAAGAAUUUCCUCCUUUUCUGUAAAAGAGACAGAAAUUGUGUUACAGAAAACUUCUCCCAUCACUCCAUCUUUUGUACUGCUGUUGACACUUACAAAUUAAAGAGACAUUUUGUUUUAA